AUGGUGCUCGUCUGCCUGGCUGAUCUGCGUUGGAGACACAUCGAGGCUUUCCAGCAGCAGCAGCAGCCCGGCGUGGUGUGCUUCGUGGGCCGAGCUGGACUCCGUGGACGAACACACACGCUGGAGAAGCUUCUUCGCUCGUUCGCGGGCGCCAUGGCGGAAAGGCGAAGGACCCGCGGGGCGGAGCUGGAACACCACCAUCUGCAGCUGUACGGAUACUUGGUGUAG